AAUGAGAUAGGAAAACAAAAGGGAAAUCAGCAUUGCACAGCGUACAAUCAAGUAAAGCACUACCCAUAAGCAAUCUGGUUCUAGGGUUUUACGAGGGGAUAGAAUAAUAAGCGCACAACUUUAUCAUUUCCGCGACAGUCAUAAACAUGGCUGAAGAAAAUUCGUCGUCCCUACCACAAGGAGAAGAACCAAACCCCAAAAGGCAAAAGAUGUCCACCACCACCACCUCCGACGACGAAGAAAACCCUGAAAAUGCUACCUCACUUCCAAAAAAGCCCAGAUACAAGCGCCGCAAAAUCGCGAUAUUCUUCGCUUACUGCGGCGUCGGUUACCAGGGAAUGCAGAAAAACCCGGGGGCCAAAACCAUCGAAGGCGACCUUGAGGAAGCCCUUUACUUCUCCGGAGCGGUUCCCGAGGCGGACAGGGGACUACCCAAGCGGUUCGACUGGGCCCGAUCCGCUCGGACGGAUAAGGGUGUCAGUGCCGUUGGCCAAGUGGUGUCGGGCCGGUUUUAUGUCGAUCCGCCAGGUUUUGUUGAGCGAUUGAACUCUUACUUGUCGCCCCAAAUUCGGAUAUUUGGAUUCAAGCGGGUGACGCCGUCGUUCAAUGCGAAGAAGUUCUGCGAUCGGCGGAGGUAUGUUUACUUGAUCCCAGUUUUCGCGCUUGAUCCAUCAUGUCAUCGUGAUAGGGAAAGUGUUUUGGCUAGCUUGGGGUCUGGGAAUGAGCUUGUUAAGUGUUUGGAAUGUUCAGAAAGAGGAAGGAAGGUUUUUGGUGUGAUGGGGAAGCGUAGUGCUGAGUGGAAAACUGUAGCUGAAGCUGUUGAGGUUGGUUCAGGCAUUUCUUCCAACAGUGCUUUGGGCGAAGAGAAGAUCGCAGCGAAUUCUUCCCAGAACAAUGAAACCGGGAAUAAUGAUUCUGAAAAUAAUUUAAAGAUUGACGCCGGGAAAACUGGAGCUGCCAAAAAUGAUAAAACAGAGGAUAGUGCUGUUUCAGUGGAUCCAGCCAUUCUGUCUAACAAUGAAACUGGUUUGGUAGAAAAGAGGAUUGUGGUAACUUCCUCAGAAAACAGGAAUGAUGGUGCUGAUGGUGUCAAAAAUGCAAGUAGUGAAACUGGCAACACACGGGAAACUGGACCUGAGGAUAUUGAGAAAAUGAUGGAAUUUGAAAAAAAUGCUAAUGGUCAUGAAACAUCAGAAAAGAAGAGUGAGUUCUGUUAUGGAGAGGAGGAGAAGGAAAGAUUCAACAGAAUACUCAAGUAUUAUGAAGGAACUCAUAAUUUUCAUAAUUUCACUACGAGAACGAAAGCUGAGGACCCUGCUGCUAAGCGUUACAUCCUGUCGUUUAAUGCAAAUACCAUUGUUAGUGUUGAUGGGAUUGACUUUGUCAAGUGUGAGGUCGUAGGUCAGAGCUUCAUGCUCCAUCAAAUCCGUAAAAUGAUUGGUCUUGCUGUGGCAAUCAUGAGGAACUGCGCUCCUGAGUCGUUGAUCGAAACAGCUUUUCGGCAGACGGUAAACAUUAACGUUCCAAUGGCCCCUGAGGUUGGACUAUAUCUAGACGAGUGCUUCUUCUCAUCGUAUAAUCAGAAAUGGAAAGACAGCCAUGAAGAGCUUUCGAUGAAAGCUUAUGCAGAUGAAGCUGAGGAGUUCAAAAUGAAGUACAUUUACACUCACAUUGCAUCAACAGAGCACAAGGAUGGAGUUGUGGCGCUCUGGUUGCAUUCUCUCAACUACCGCAACUAUCCCGAUUUACGUGCAGCCGAUAGUGCUCCGACAUCCAAUGUGCACGAAAAUGAGGUCGUGGACAAUUGUCCAAGCUCCGACAAACGGAAUGAAAUCGUGAACAUGGAUGAGUGAGUUAACUUGCAGACGUGUUGCGUCCCAUUUACCCUUUUGCGAUAAUUUAGGAUAUUUACUGUUUUAUGUUAGAUCUCUGUAUCUGCAAUGACUUUAGAGACGCAUGGCAUUUAUAUUUCAAACCUAUUUCCCCUU